AAUUACGUCAUAAUAAAAAUUUCAUCAUUCACUGUCAGUUGGACGUUUGAUGCCGUGUCGCUCGAUCCUUUGUCAGAAAAUCUGAAAAAGCCGGUCUUCAUUAUCUGGAAAAAAAAAAGAAAAAUGCGUGAAGUAAUCUCAAUCCACACUGGUCAAUGCGGAGUACAAAUUGGCAAUGCCUGCUGGGAGUUGUACUGCCUUGAACAUGGUAUCCAGCCAGAUGGUUUGAUGCCGUCGGAUAAGAGCAUUGGAGGUGGAGACGACUCUUUUAACACCUUCUUCAGUGAAACAGGAGCAGGAAAACAUGUACCAAGGGCUGUGCUCGUAGAUCUCGAACCAACAGUCGUCGACGAAGUUCGUACGGGUACAUAUCGCCAACUUUUUCAUCCCGAAGAACUGAUUACUGGAAAGGAAGACGCUGCCAAUAAUUAUGCCCGGGGACACUACACCGUCGGAAAAGAAAUUGUGGAUCUCGUCCUGGAUCGCGUUAGAAAGCUGGCGGACAUGUGCACUGGUCUCCAGGGCUUUCUCAUUUUUCGAAGUUUUGGAGGGGGGACUGGAUCAGGUUUUACAUCUCUCCUCAUGGAGCGGCUCUCUGUGGACUACGGCAAGAAGUCUAAACUGGAAUUUGGUGUCUACCCUUCCCCACAGAUAGCUACAGCUGUGGUUGAGCCGUACAAUGCUAUUCUGACCACGCACAGCACGCUAGAGCACUGUGACUGCGGCUUCGUGAUGGACAACGAGGCCUUGUUUGACAUCUGUCGCCGUAACCUGGACAUCGAGCGUCCCACCUACACUAACCUCAACCGCAUCGUUAGUCAGUGUGUGUCCGCCAUCACUGCCUCCUUGCGUUUUGAUGGCUCCCUCAAUGUCGACUUGAUCGAGUUCCAGACCAACCUCGUGCCGUAUCCCCGUAUCCACUUUCCCCUUGUGUGUUUUGCUCCCAUUGUCUCUGCAGAGAAGGCUUACCACGAGCAAUUGACCACUGCUGAGAUCACAAACUCUGUCUACGAACCGGCCAAUCAGAUGGUGAAGUGCGACCCUCGUCACGGCAAGUACAUUGCCUGCUGCAUGCUAUACCGCGGUGACGUCGUGCCCAAAGAUGUCAACUCUGCCAUCUGCACUAUCAAGACCAAACGCACCAUCCAGUUUGUGGACUGGUGUCCAACAGGCUUUAAGAUAGGUGUCAACUACCAGCCACCUGCAGUAGUGCCAGGAGGAGAUCUUGCCAAGGUGCAACGUUCUUUGUGUAUGCUGAGCAACACAACUGCCAUUGCCGAGGCCUGGGCCCGUCUGGACCACAAGUUCGACCUGAUGUACGCCAAACGGGCCUUUGUGCACUGGUACGUGGGCGAAGGCAUGGAAGAAGGCGAGUUCUCCGAGGCCCGAGAAGAUCUGGCGGCCCUGGAGAAAGACUACGAAGAGGUCGGCCUUGACUCUGUUGAAGGAGAGGCAGAAGACGAAAUGGAAGAGUUUUAAACUUCCCAUAAACCUGUCUUUUUAUACAGGUGGCAAGACAUUGCUGUUUUAUGGUUUCCUGCAAUAUGUCAAUGACUUAAAUAGGAUUUGUUUUUAGAUCAGCUCAUAACAGCAUUGCGACUAAAAGACUGCGUACACAUAGGAGUACUGACAAACGGUUGAUAAUUAUUGCCAGAGUUUGGCAACAGAAUAAGAAGUCUAAGAUAAUUGCACUGAGAGCUGUAGUUAUGUCUGACGGCACUUUCGUGAGACGUUUUCAAACCAGGUCGUAUUUUCGACUUAGGCUACAAGAGAACAUUUAUAGAACCCUACUGUAUUUUCUAGUUCAUUAUUCUAUUUCUUAUAAGGCAUUUUAUAUUGUAUGUCGGGACAUUUUCCUCUUUAUAUUUAUAUUUUAACAGGUAGUUUUAAUGUUUUUCUGAAAUAAAAUACAGAAUAUUUAAA